AUGAUUUUCCCAAAUUAUUCCGCUGCGUUUUCCUUGAAAACGACAUUUCGCCAACGCGCGAGCGAGUUCUGGGAUUGGUUUCGAGUCAACGGUCUGCUCAACAUUUUGCUCAUUUGGCUCGGAUUGCUUAGUACUCUGAUCAUCGUGGAUCAGCUUGUGGCUCAAGACUGGACACUCUUCGACGAAAAGCCGGACAUCGAUGACGUGUUGAGGGACACGCUCACUGUUAUGUUCGCUUGGAUGAACACUUUGGUGCAUUUGCUUAGUCUCAUCUCGAAUCCAUUCUCUGCCUACUUUUCCGCCACUAACGACGGGUUGAUGAUGCCGAUUCGACGUUUCCUUGCGCUCUCCUUUGAUGGCCUCUAUUUUCGGCACACAAAAAGUGGCCCCUUCUUCAGUUAUUGUUGCCAUACGGUCUGCGAG